AUGGAUCAACUCAGAGCAGCCUUGUCGCGCUCUACCCUCUCGGAGAACAAGAAAGUCGACUGGAGCUUCGACCAUAUUCUACGCAGCUUUCCGACCGAAAUAUGCCACCUAAUCGCCGAGAACCGACAGCCACCAACGAAGCAACCAGUCGACGUCGCCAUCAACCACGGACGCCUGAAGGACUCCAUGGUCUUCCUCAACGGCUGCAACACUCCUCCCGAGCUACACGAUUUCUUCCGCAAAGCUUACUACAAGAACACCACCUUCCAGCUCCACGUCAGGAACAGCAAACCCCCCAUCCCUCAGAGAACCCUGAGCCGCUUCCUCGACCAAGUCGGCGACAACAUCAAAGACCUCACGACACUACGGAUCAACCACAUCGACUUCAGCAUCCUCAUCACCCUCACCCACAGCAGAUACAGCACCUCCAUCGACGGCACACUCGAAAAACCAUGGCGCUCCGGACCCUACGCAAUGAAACUAUUCGAGCACAUCGCCCACCACAAGCUCACCAGCGCCAAGACUCUGAUCGAAGCAGAAAUCAAAGAGAAUAAGCAGACCGGCAUCACUAGACAACAGCUUGCCACUUUCGUCGAGACGAUCUGCAAGCUUGAGACUGUCCGCUAUGUGAUCCAGCGUGGGUGGUUAGCGCUUGAUGCAGACGAUGAGGAUGAGCUUGAUGGGAGCUUGGUUCCGGAUGAUGAGGAGUUGCAGGGAUAUGUUGAUUUGAUGGAUUCUCAGCUAUAG